CUCACGAAACUAUGAGAUUGCAUUUCCUUCACUUGCCUCGAAUUAACGCGCGUUCGCGUAUUGUUGGAUAAAUUAAGAAACGGAUCGAGGAAGUUCGUGAAGAAAUUUGUACGUUUGAUGGACAAGAACGAGGAAAUUGGAUUAAUUGAAUCGAUCGAAGUGUGUAAUUAGACGUGUUCCUUUGCCAGAGAAAAUAAAUAUCGUUUCGAAUGAACUCGUCGCCAAAGAUCAGCCGCUUCCGAGGUUGAACGCGUCUAGAAUAGACAGCAGGACUUUCUCGCGAGCUUCUCUGCGAAUUGAGCGAGAUUUCGAUCGAAAGGAAGGCAGAGAAAGGGUGAAAGAAGGAUAGCAGAGGAAAAGAGAAAGCUGGAAAAUGGCAAGCGGAUACGACGAUUGCUACGACGCAUCCUGGCAUCUGUUCCCUCCGGAUUAUGUGGAGGACGAGUACAGGAUAUUGGAGAGCAUCAAGAUGCCCAGGACAAGCUUCCACAUCCAUGACAUUCUGCAGCUCGACUCUAAGCCGUCUCAGGAAGAAACAGAGGUCCAAGGUAGUACCACGGUGCUACCGACCACGAACGAUGUUCCGUCGGCGUACCAACAGUUCUUCGAGCACACGACGGCCAUGCUGCAGCCCGCGAUAUACGCGAACCUCAACAGAGGAACCCUACCACCGCCGCCACCUGGGUUACUGGGAUGGCCGACGGGUCCAACGCUACCAACCACGUUACCCCAACCUCUGGAAGAAGUGAAUGUGCUGCAGCAACCAGACUCAACUAGUCCAACGAUCUCAGACCUCUCGUUUCCACCGAAACAAGAGACGAACCAUGAGUGCAAGGAGGAAGAAUCGGCGGAUUUCGAAGACGAGCAACAAUCGAACGAGACUCAACCGCACGAAACGGAGCACAAGAAGCGAAAGAGACGAGUGUUGUUCUCCAAAGCACAAACUUUCGAACUCGAGAGACGUUUUCGUCAACAAAGAUACCUGAGUGCACCAGAAAGGGAGCAUCUAGCCUCGAUUAUUCGACUAACGCCCACACAGGUGAAAAUCUGGUUCCAGAAUCACAGGUAUAAGACGAAAAGGGCAGCUACAGAAAGGGUUGAGGCUGGUGGAAGUGGAUGUUCGCCAAGAAGAGUCGCCGUACCAUUAUUGAUCAAGGAUGGAAAGCCGUGUCAGUCGAAACUGAUGGAACCGUCUACUUAUCCGAGCACUGGUCAAGUUCCUAUGCCACCUUACAUGCAGAAACCGUAUUGGUGGUAA